AUGAAACCAUCUAAACUGCAAGAUCAUCUGAGAAGAUGCCACCCUGAUAAAACAGAGAAAGAUUUGAAAUACUUUCAAACACUCAAAGAUAAAUUUCAGAAGAGACCUACACUGGACAGAAUGUUCGCUUCGACGUCACAAAGAAAUGAUGAUGGUUUGCGGGCGUCUAACAAUAUCUCGUUACUUAUAGCAAAAUCCGGAAAACCGCAUACUAUGGGAGAGAAGUUAAUUUUGCCAGCCGUUGAAGAGGUUUUAAAAACUGUUUUACACAAACCUGCAUCUGAUAUCAUUAAAAGAAUUCCCUUAAGCAACAAUACUGAUGAAAGACGUAUUGAUGAAAUGAGUUCUGAUAUUGAAAGCUUCUUAUGUAAUUAUUUGCAAACGACCCAUUUCUCUAUACAACUGGACGAGUCAACUUUACCUGAUAAUGCAGCAUUAUUAUUGGCAUAUGUUCGUUUUAUUAUGAAUCAAGAAAUCUACGAAGAACUGCUCUUCGCAAGAACUUUGAUAACCGACACUAAAGGUGAAUCAAUAUUUCAUGUUUUGAAGGAUUACUUCAUUGAAAAAGCAAUUCCUUUAUCAAAUAUAAUAUCAGUAGCUACAGAUGGAGCACCUGCCAUGAUUUUUACAUUAUUUCUAUACGAAGGUUUCUAUGAUACCAAUAUGCUUCAUUUAUGGGAUACGCUAUGCUACUUCUGCUUUAGUGAAAUUGUCGACCAUAUUCAGAUGAGAAAUGAGGGUUAUAAGGACUUAGAAAUAGCUGAAAGGUCUUACUACCCAGUAUUUUUCUCCAAGAAGCAACAGGAAUGA